AUGUCUGCAAAUGAGUUACCUUCUUCAGCUCAAGCCUUCCACGAACAAGUCCUUGGCGGUUUUGUCUCUAGAAAGCUGCUUUCGCACAACCCAUUUGACCACAACACUCAACGAGUCCUUGCGAUUGCACCAUCUCCUCUCAUAACCCAUGAGAACAACCUCAGUGGGAAUGCUUCGAUGCUUCUCUCAGUCCUCAUCUGUGGAAUCAUCUGCUGCAUCGGGUUACAUUACAUCAUUCGUUGUGCAUACAGACGUUCUUCAAGGUUCAUGAUCUCCGAGCCUGUCUCCAGUAUUUCGACACCACAUGGUUCAUCAAACAAAGGAAUCAGUAAGAAAGCUCUUAGGAUGUUCCCGGUCGUGAGUUACUCACCUGAGAUGAACCUGUCAGGGCUUGGCGAAGAGUGCGUCAUUUGUUUGUCAGAUUUUGUUUCUGGUGAAAAGCUCAGGCUGCUCCCUAAGUGCAACCACGGUUUCCAUGUUCGUUGCAUUGACAAGUGGCUUCAACAACAUCUGACUUGUCCGAAAUGCAGACACUGUCUUGUUGAGACAUGCCAGAAGAUCUUAGGUGACUUCAGUCAAGCUGAUCAAGUGACGGUAACGCCAGCAGCAGCACCAACAGAGAACGUAAUCGUCGAUAAUGCUCCUCUAGAACCUGAAGGCAGAGUAAACACUUUUAGAGAAAGUAGCAAUUCAUGUCUAUAG